AUGUGCAAAACAAAAUACUCAGGUCCUGAUAGGAGAAUAUUCUUGCCGGAGGGUCUUUUGGACCGGUCGGAGGUGCCUGAGUACCUUAACGGAGAGGUCCCUGGAGACUAUGGUUAUGAUCCUUUUGGUUUGAGCAAGAAGCCGGAAAACUUCAGCAAAUACCAAGCAUAUGAGCUCAUUCAUGCUCGCUGGGCAAUGCUCGGAGCUGCAGGCUUCAUCAUCCCUGAAGCCUUCAACAAAUUCGGCGCUAACUGUGGUCCUGAGGCUGUCUGGUUCAAGACUGGCGCACUUCUCUUAGAUGGGAACACAUUGAACUACUUCGGAAAGAACAUCCCCAUCAACCUUAUCCUCGCGGUGGUCGCUGAGGUCGUGCUCGUCGGAGGUGCUGAGUACUACAGAAUUAUCAAUGGAUUGGAUUUGGAGGACAAGCUUCAUCCCGGAGGCCCAUUCGACCCGUUAGGGCUCGCCAACGACCCCGACCAAGCUGCGAUCCUCAAGGUGAAGGAGAUCAAGAAUGGGCGACUGGCCAUGUUUGCGAUGCUAGGAUUCUUCUUGCAGGCCUAUGUCACAGGAGAAGGCCCUGUGGAGAACCUCACAUCUCACCUCAGCGACCCCUUCGGAAACAAUCUGCUCACCGUACUCUCCAGUGGAGCUGAGAGAGUUCCUACUUUGUAAACUUCCUCUGAAUUGAAUUGAACUGUUGUUUUUUAGAGACCCAUGUGUUGUAAAUUAUAAUGAGAAGAUUAAAGGCUAUGAUUCGUGUAACGGUUUUCUGGAUUAAGGUGUUAUCAGUCUGAGAAAUUGUUUGUUUUAUUA